GGUGCAACAGAACCAAACCCCUGGAAUAGAAUCCCUAACGAGAUCUUGCCUCCGCCGCUUGCCGCCGACGGAUCCGGCUCGACGUCGAUGUCGGCCACCGAGCAGCCGCCCAAGAAGCGAAAGCUCUACGAGGCGAUUUCGGACCCACCGAUCGCCCCGCCCCAUCAUCAGGCCUUAGUCUCGGGCGCCCCUCCCCCUCCCCCGUCGCAGGAGGAGAUCAUCCGGAAGCGGAGGAACAAGGAUGAGAUCCGAAGUCUCGUGGAGUGCUAUCGGAGAAUCAAGUUUUGCGCCUCCCAGAAGGACGCCGGCCUCAUGUCCGAGCUUGAGCAGGCUUAUUUGUCUCUAAUUACCGCUUCCAGAGGUUGCUCGAGCGUACAGCGUAUUGUAGCUGAGCUUAUUCCUCGGUAUGCAUCAUUCUGUCCUACUGCUCUAGAGGCAGCAGCUAGAGUUUCUAUCAACAUGUAUAAUUGGAGCUUGGCCAUAAUCGUGAAAGGAGAGGAUGUUGAUGGUGUGGCAUAUGAAACUGUUAAAGCCUGUAUUUUUGGUCUAGUUGACAUUUGUUGCACAGCAUCACAUGAAGCACCAACAUCUUCUGUCAUUCAGGGCAUCUGUUCUGCAGUUUUUUCAAAUAUUCUUACGUUUUUUGUUUCAACUUUUGAGGGUAAGGAUAUUUAUCAGAUAGGUAGCAGAGAAGUUCUAAAGCUUCAAGACCCAAUGGAUUUCCUUCAUGAACUGAAGCAUGAUACGAAGUAUGACAGCGAAACUGUGUUACAUAGGUUAUUUUUGCUUCGGGCACUUAGUUUCCUUUGCAUAUUUUUUGCCUUCCCAAAGAACUUACUUGCAGCCUGUUUUGAGCUCUUUGUUUCUGGCGGAACUGAUGUUGCUCUACAUAGAGAGGGGCAGUACUUUCUAAAUCAGAUGACAAGUCAUCUGAGUGAUGAUGAAAAUGACAUAAGUCAUGUGACAGACAAGGUGACUGAUGAACCUUCACUAUGUCCAAAUCUGACAAAACCAAGUAUAGAUUCCGAUGGAAACGAUCAAACUGAGUCCGUAGCGCAUUCAAGGAAAACUUUGCUACAAUCUAAAAAUUGUUUAUUGGGGAUGGCAAUUAAGAAUGAUCCAUCCAUGAGAGUUUGGAUAUCUUCUUAUUGUAGUAAAUUAUCCAAGUUGCAUGGCCUACAGGCGACUACCGAAUCAUUAUCCAUGUUGGAGAACUUAUUUGGGUCUUUGUCAAAGUUGGUUGAUGGAACAGAUUUUGAAGGGAGUGGUGGGAACAAAUUUGAUGCAUCAAAUCAUGAUGAUGUCAGCAACCCAUACUUGGUUUACAAGAACCCUCUCCAGAAUGAAGACAUUGGUGGUGUUUCAAAGGACUCGGGAAUUCCUGAUGCAUCUCCGGCUGAUGCGUGCAAAAGAGAUGAUGGUUUUGCAGAAAAAGCUAUGGGUGAAAGGGAAGGAAAUUCCAUUCAUGGUGGGGAAAGGUUGGCCACCACAAGGAAGUUACACUCUGGGAAUCGGAAGGAGUCAGAUACAAUAAAUUACCAGAGCUUUAAUGCUGAUCUUGGCAUGCCAUCUUUUGUAUCUAUGUCUGGAGGUGCAGCUAAAACUUUUUCAUCCCCUAAUGAACAUUCUCCUGCACAAAGCAGUGCUUCCACUCAAUUUCUUUGGUACUCUGAUGGGGAUCCUAGAGCCAUGGAUGUGACCUCCGCUUCCAAGCAAUUGUGGGUGAGUUCUCUUGGGCAUGAUGCCACUGAAACGGCAGUUAGAUUGCAGUUUGAGGAUUUUGGUGCCUUGCAAUGUUUUUUGUUUGUUCCUGCCAAAGAUUUUGCUUUAGUUGAGUACCGAAAUAUUCUGGAUGCUGUGAAGGCACGUAAAUGUAUGCAGGGCUCCUCUAUAUGGGGUGGUUGCCUUCAUAUUAAGUUUCUUGAUAGAGGAGUGGGUAGCAGAGCAGCUUUUAAUGGUAUAGCUGUUGGUGAUAGCUCUUUUGUUUAUGUUGGUAAUGUGUCAACCCAGCGGUUGAAAGAUGAGAUACUGCACGAGUUAUUGAAAGCAGGCUUGAGGAAUCCCCCUCUAGUUACUAGUCUUACAAGUGAAAAUGCCUUGCUGCUGGAAUUCAGCUCUGCAGAAGAAGCAGCCUCUGCAAUUGGGCACAUCAGGUAUUUUCGUGAAGCUAGUGGAUGUCAAGCAUAUGAAAAUAGAAAAUGGACACAUGGUGCAUACAUUAAGGAUAAGUCUGUUUCUGGAUGUCAGCUUCUAGUAAAGCAAGUUGAUGCUUCUGUCCCCGACAUGGAGUUGAUCAAUGCAUUUUCUAGAUUUGGAGAGAUUACUGGAUGGCAAUUUGAUAGACUAAAUGGUUGCUGCUAUAUAGAUUUCCAGUCACAUGAAGCUGCCAACCUUGCAAAAUCCCAUUUGCGUGGUGCAAGGUUUGGGUCUACUACUGUUGAAGUUGAAAUUAGGAGUGGAAACACUGGAAGUGCCCCAAACAAUGUGCUUUUUUCACCAAGGGCUCCAAGUUUCCAUGAUGUGUCUGCUGACCACUGGAAGGCUCGAAUGUCUCAGUUAUCUUCUUUAUUUUCAUCUCUGCGUGUCAAAUACAAUCUUAAUCAGAAUCUUUCUUAUGAAAGCAAUAAGCAGAAGAAUUAUUCACUUUCCACGAAAGAUGAAGUACCGGUUAGCACUCUCUAUAUUACUCUGCCUGGUAUUUCUUUUAUGACAAUCGAAGAUGAUGACUUAAGGGCCUUGUGCAAUCUUGCUGUUGGGAAUCUUGGUUCUGUGGUUAGAUUGACACGAAUAGGUUUGCAAAGUUCUUGCUGGCAUGUUGAGUUUAGCAGUGUGGAUGCUGCUGUGACUGCACUAGAUAUCAUCCGGAGCUGUUCAGAAACGUUUCUUCAAGCUGAGUUCAGGAAUAAUAGAGCUGGUGUAUAUCAUGAAGAAUCAGUUACACCGAGGAAAUUAAAUACUUUGGGAUAUUCUCCAUCUCCUGGGGAAUUUCGCCCUGCUGGUUUGGAUAGCAAACAAGGAAAUCCUUAUGUUAGAUCUUUCACAAAUAAACCUGAUCUCAAUGUUCAUAUACCGGUAUCCCCAAGGGUAAAUGUAGAAAAUAUAGGUUUUCAAGUGCAGCAUGGACAAGCAUUUCAAUCAAACUGGACUGUUGCAAGCAGUGCUGACAUGCGGGAAGUGCCCAUGGAUCUCUCAUUUCCUGGUCCCGCCACCAAUGCUGGUGAAAAAAUCUGGCAUUACAUGAAGAAGGAGAAUGAGCCACAGAUGUUUGGGAAAGUAAGCUUACCAAGCCGGACCAGUGUCACACAUGUGGGCUCUGUAAUACCACCACCGGUGCCAACAUCUUUGGUGCGUCCUGUCUAUCUUACCCCAAGUAAUUCCUGGGAUAAUUCUGGUCCAAGUCCUCUACUAAACCGAACUUCCACAGGCAUGAUGCUUAUCGAUAAUCGCAAUAUUAAUGCAUGUGCUCCUGUUCCUUUUAUACCCUCUUCUAUUACUCCACUUUCACAGCUGCCUGGGGGUGCCAUGCAGCGAUUUGACCAAGUAGUUACAGUACCAGGUUUAUCAAAUGUAGUUCACCCACCUCCUCCCCCAUCCGAUGUGCCACCUCCAUUGCCUCUCUCUCAGCCACCUUCUGUUCCACCUCCUCCAAGCUCUCCUCCUCCUCUGCAACAACCGAAGGAUUCCAACUUGCAAGCAAGCAUAUCAUGUCCUCACCAUCAGUGGCAAGGCACUCUUUCAAAAAGUGGAGUUCACUACUGCACAAUUUAUGCAGUUAGAGAGGACUCGGUUGCUUGUAAAUAUUCAACCACGUUGUCAGAACCAGCAGACUGGCCUGCUAGAUUAGAUGUAACAAAACGCACAGACAUUCAGCAUGUUAAGUCAACUUUUUCUAACACUCCUCCUCAUAAAAGAGAGGUUUGUCGUUUGCUGCCGUCCACCACAAACGACCAAAGAGGAAUCCAAGACUUCAUAUCAUAUCUGAAGCAAAGGGACUGUGCUGGAGUAAUAAAGAUUCCUGCGGGGAAGUCGAUGGGCUCAAGGUUACUCUUCAUUCUCCCCUACUCACUCGACACUUGUUCCUUGCUGGCCAUUGCACCUCAUCCAGCUGACUGUCUGAUUGCUUUGAUUCUGCCAAAAGAAAUAAACACGGAACAAUCAUAAUUUUGUAUAUUCUCUAUUAGGGCAUACCAAAAGUUGUGUCGUCUGUCUCUCUCAAGUACAUGACACUUAAACGAGGCUUGAAAUUUUGUACAUGUUGCUCGAUAUAAUCUACUUUUUCUUUCCAUUCAAUUACAAGUAGCAGCUUUUUU